AUUCAUCUCUAACACAAUCGACAAUCAUUUCGCGGGAAUAAGUGUUGCCUCAAUUGAUACGACAAAAACCAAGACCAAUGACCUAUGAAAGAUGCGAGCGGGAAGAAAAACGGAAGCUGAGACAGGAAAGACUCGUUCGUGUAUAGUAUACCUUAAAAAUUUGGGAACAGGAACACAAGCGGGACCAGCUGAAAACAGCGGCGGAGAAACUAAAAUUUUACGGAGUUGUAAAAAAUUAACAAACGUCAAAAGAGGAGAAGGAGGAGCGGCAUCAGCACCAGCAUCAUCAACACGAGGAGCAAAAACAUUACAAAGUGUCCCAACAAAGUUGUCAAACGUGAGCCAAGUGAAUUUAGAGUUAGCUACUCCUGUUGAAAGGAGGCAAUCUACUCGUCGAGAGGUGGCGAUACGUGAACGUGGUGGUCAGCCUGUACGCGGAGGAGGAGCUACAACACCGGCUGGAACGACGGCUUCAAUUUUAGCUCAAAGAUCCCGAUCUGCUGGAAAAGGGGCAUCGCCAACACGAGCCAAACCAUUACCAACAACACCAGCAGCAGCCAAAACUCCCAAAAGAGAUCGCGAAAAGGAAAAGGAAAAACCCGUAUCAAUUAGACGUAGAAAUACAAUUGUAACUCCACCGCAGCCAGCAGCCAAGCUUAGUCAACGCCGGAUCACACAGAACGACGGAGGAGCAGCAGCAGCAGCGGGUGGUGGAGGUCAGAGUGCGGCCAAAUCAAAAAUGUUUAAGCAAGCUAGUAAAAUUAUGGCGUCAUCGUCAUCACAAUCAUCGCUGUCAUCUCCGCCUACAAUAGCAGCCAGUCGAUCUCGGCGUUCCAUUAAGCCAAAUCCAAAAUAUGCCAGCGAUGAUGUGGUGACACCCAAAUAUAUGGUAUCAUUGGCCCAUGAAUCUGGCCACAGUCGGAGCGGUGGAGGUGCUAAACAAUUGUUUGCGACCCAAGAUGAUGAUGACAUGAUUGAGAUUGAUGAAGAUCGAAACGAUGUUGAAGACGAUGAUGACGACGACGAAGAGGAAGAGGAGGAGGAGGACAAUGAUGAUGAGGUAACCGAUGCGGCCUUCAAUCCACAUUUACACAAAUCCGAUGAAGAUGAUGACGAUGAGGACGAUUUAAGUGAUCCGGAAUUUGAGCGCGAAAUCCGACCAGCUCCAAUUAAACGUGGUCGUGGACGUCCACCCAAAGCGGGUAACACCUCAGCCACCGGUGCCACUAAAACGACAACCACCAUCUCUGCCAGUGUUAACAGUCCGAGUACGGUACGAACUGCUGGUGGUUCUACUCAGCGCAACAAUUUGCAUCAAUUGCGUCGUUCCAUAGCCACAAAUAUGAACAAAACCAAAGUGGCUGCUGGAGCAUCUUUGACAACGGCGACAACACCGGGCAAUAAGCGAAAACUCGAGGAUUCCGGGGAAUCAGCUGUUGUCCGUAAACGUGUUGCUCUAAAUGGAGCCGCCAAUACGAAAGCAGGAACACCGGCAGCAGCGUCCCAGCCUACGCCGAAAACUAACAACAAGGCGACAAGUGGAGGCACAGGAGCUGUGCGCAUUGUCCAGGCUCCCCAAUCAGUUGGGGCCAAGCAACGCUUGAGUCAAGGGGGGCAGUCAUUUAAGAUUAAUCAAGCUGCCAGAGCAGGUUCUGGAGCAGCCGCCGCCACACCGCGUUCCUCCUCCAGUCAACAGAUGCGUGUGCCGCCAGCACCGCCAGCCGGUCCAGCGGAAAGUGACGAUGUGCCCACAUUUACCAUAGUCAAUAUCGAUGACAUUAUCAAUCAGGAUGAUGUCCUCAUCUCACGAUCCUCUCAAUCAGCGGCGACCUCAACAGCAUCGACGACGGCGGCGACGACGAUGAAUUCAAAUAAAGCAGCAAAGCAAAUAUCACCGUUGAGUCGGGGAGCUAAAAUGCAAACCAGACGCGGUGGCGCCGCAAGCAUCACCACACCACAAACCCCGGCCACACCAAAUAGCAAUCCAACAACCAAACGAAUGAUUACACUGGGUCAAGUUGGUGGUGCAAAGUCACGUCCACGUAUACUCAAUGCAGAAAUGGGCAAAAAGGCACCGGCAAUGAAACCUCUAAUGAGCAUGGGCAAGGAACUGUGCAACAUUGAUACCGAAGAGGAGGAGGAAGAACGUGAUCACGAAGAUGACGAUGACACGGACAAUGUGGUGCAGGAGAAGCAGCCGGCGAAAGCGGCAGCAGCAGUUAAGAAAAUAUCAAUACGCGGUGCCACCGGCGUCGGCGGCGCUGCCAAUCGUUUGACGUCGUCACAGAAGCCUCAACAAAAAUGGUUAUCAUCAACGCAACAGUCGACACCCACAAGGAAUGUCCUGUCCACAACGGCCAAUAAUCGUGCUGCUGGCGCAGGAGCAGGAGGAAUAUCCUCAGGGCAAGGGGAUCGCAAGUUGGCCAAAUUUCUGGGUGAAGGCAAUGAUGAGUUGCUUUUUAAGAAACCGCAACAGCAACAGCGCCUUAAGGAGAAUGCAGCAGAUAAUACACCAUCCAAAAAGGAGGAAACCACAACAAAUAUGACCAAAUAUUUACCCGCAGAGACGACAACAUUCUGUGAGGAGGACGGACGGAUGAUUAAGAAAAUCACCUGCUAUGAGACAUGGCAUGUGAUUGGCUCACCGGUAAGCGGAAGCGGAGGUGAUAAUUCUGCUAGCGGGGGUGGCGGCGCCAAUUCUGAUAUUUUGAGCCGUAAACCGCGUGUACAACGCACUAGCCUUGAAUUUCCACUAGUUAAAUUGGCCAAUGUUGCCGGACGCAUCAAAGUGCCGUCCAAUAAAUGGUCGAGCAAGGUAACCCUAUAUAAGGUGUCGCCAACUCUAAUGGCCCGCCAGACAAUGACCAUUUUCACCGGUGACCUCAAGUCGUUCAAUAUACCCGAAGAGGAGCGUCAUAAAUAUCAACCGUCAUGCGUCCUAUUCCGGCGUUCGGUACUCGAUCGUACUAAAUGCCGGGUGCCCUAUGAUCGGGCCAUUAUAUUUAAGAAUAAAUGCUUCUAUGCCAAUAUAGAUGGCAAGCAUAUCAAUUUGAUGGGGGCACCCGAGGCAGUGUCAUCUGUUAAGGAUGUGGAAAUAUUGCUCGACAUUGUCGAUCGUCUAUCCCUUUCCAGCUCUUUGGUCGAAACGGUUAACGGAAAAUAGAAAGCAGAUUUAGAGAGCGCCCGAGAGAGAGAGAGAGAGCGAGAGACAACAACAACACCAACACCAAUACCACAAUACGCGGGGUAAGAGCAAAAAAAAAAAAAAAAACAACACAAAAAACAAAAAAUAACAAAUUGUAUAGAAAAAAUCAUGCUCGAUUCGAUAUGAUUGUUACACGAUGGAUCGGUCAAUCUAUAUCGAAUUGGAUUUAUAAAUUGUUUUUCGUAAAAUAAGUACUAUAUACAUACAUAGGGCAUAACUUUAUGUAAAUCUGAUUAACACA